UAACCCCGCCCAGUAACGUCGAUGUGACGUCAUAUUAUGUUGUAAGCCCCUUCAAUCGGUCUAGGCGGGAUUAUAAAUGAACCGAGCAGCUGGAAAAACUUAUAAGCUACUCAUCCAGAAGCAUCAAAUAGACUUAAAGCAACGGAAGUUAAAAACUCUCUAAUAUUUGCUUUGGAUCUUUUACCUUCAAUAUGAUGAUGUGGAAUAAACCACCGUUUCACAAGAUGAAGAUACCAAAGAACUUGGAGUUAUCAAUGUUCAUGAGAUUUUCUAAGCCAGCUCACCUGAUUACCUUGCUGACUGUCGUCUACCUUGGGUUUCUGUUAUAUCCACAAAAGCCACAAAUAAUAGCAGCAAAGGAGCCUUCCACUAUUAGCAUGCUAUUGUACUUGAGUUCAUUUGCAAUACAUUUUGGUACUCAAAUAUGGAUGACAUUUAUAUCGGGUAUCGUUUUGUUCUUCAAACUUCCACGCAACUUGUUCAGCAUGGUUCAAAAACAACUAUUUCCUAAAUAUUUCCUGCUCAACGCAUUUCUCAGUUUCGUCACUCUGGCCACUUUCGUCGGACACCAGAGUAACAGCAAGAACAGCGAACCACGUCUUCAGAUAUGGGCUUUGUCGCUAUGUUUUCUAAUUCAAGUGGUAGCGCGGUUGUACAUUUUACCUGUAAUGGUUGGACUUCUCGAAGCCCGGCAUGCCAUUGAAAAGGAAGCAGGAAUUGGGAUGGAAGUAGGACGUCACGAUCCCGGCAGGUUGCGUUAUUGCCCUCAUUACACGAAACUUCACAUCCAGUUUCGGAAGUUCCACAUACUCUGUGCCAUUGUCAACCUGAUAGCCAUAAUCUGCAACGCAGUUCACAUGUAUCAUCUGGCAUCUAAGUUAUGUAGUUCAUUAUGAGGAAAGCUACCAAUUAGAUUACAAAAAUCUGAACUCAAACAACGUUAACUUUAGUGUAUUGUCUUCUUGUUUGAUGACGACACAGAACUCGACAAGUUUUAUUAAAGUCUUAUCAAAUUAUUAGUAUGAAUUGAAAUGCACUGUUUCAGAUGUGUUCUUGUAUGU